UGACGAAACAAAUGACUAAUCGUAGAUGUCAUGGCGCUUAAUGUCGGCUGUUAUCCCAGAAAUUUCGAAAGAUCAACGUGUGUGCAGUGGAUGAAAACACUUUCUCUGUAUAUCGCGCUAUUUGUUCAGUAGUUACAGUUUACCAGUUGAACGGGUUAACUAGACAGUUGCUGAAGAAAAAAACGGGCAGGUAUGAGUGUCGACGCGUAUGGACCGAGCUCCCAAACGCUCACGUUUUUGGACACUGAAGAGGCUGAUUUGAUUGGGGCUGACACCCAGGGCUCCGAAUGUGACUUUACGGAUUUCACGAUUCCUUCGCAAACGCAGGCUUCGCAACACGAUCAUGCAGGCCCCAAAGUACAAGCAGUGCAGAUGAACAACAACAUCAGUAAAAUCGUAACAACCACCCAAAUUCUUGGCGAACUGCAAUUUGAAGAGGAGGAUGAAGAGUUUUACAACAGCCGAGAGCUGCCAGACUUUGCCUGCAAGUACUGCGGCAUCCAUGAGCCCCAUUGCGUUGUUAUGUGCAACAUUUGCAAAAAGUGGUUCUGCAAUGGCAGAGGGAACACGUCCGGAAGCCAUAUAAUUAAUCAUUUGGUCCGAGCUAAGCAUAAGGAAGUGACUCUGCACAGAGACGGUCCCUUAGGGGAAACCAUAUUGGAAUGCUACAGCUGCGGAGUGAGGAAUGUUUUUGUGUUGGGAUUUAUUCCCGCCAAGGCCGAUUCGGUUGUAGUGCUGCUUUGCAGGCAGCCUUGUGCGGCACAGAAUUCCCUUAAGGACAUGAACUGGGACCAAGAACAAUGGAAGCCACUGAUUGCGGAUCGCUGCUUUUUAACAUGGCUGGUAAAGAUUCCUUCAGAACAGGAGCAGCUUAGGGCCCGUCAGAUUUCCGCCCAGCAAAUCAACAAGCUGGAAGAGCUUUGGAAGGAAAAUGUCGAUGCAACUUUCCAGGAUCUGGAAAAGCCAGGCGUGGACGAGGAACCUCAACAGGUUUUGCUCCGUUAUGAGGAUGGCUACCAGUAUCAGAAUAUUUUCGGUCCCCUGGUAAAGUUGGAGGCUGAUUAUGAUAAGAGGUUGAAAGAGUCUCAGACCCAGGAAAACAUCGAAGUCAGAUGGGAUGUUGGGCUAAAUAAAAAAACCAUCGCAUAUUUCACUCUUGCCAAAACUGACGGCGACAUGAAACUGAUGCAUGGGGAUGAGUUACGACUAAGAUACGUUGGCGAGGUGCAUAAAUCAUGGGCCGGAGUAGGUCAUGUGAUUAAAGUGCCUGACAACUAUGGAGAAGAUAUAGGAAUCGAGCUGAAGAACGGCUCUGGAGCCCCCACUGAGUGCACAAGCAAUUUUGUGGUAGACUUUAUAUGGAAGAGCACAAGCUUUGAUCGAAUGCAGUUGGCUCUUCGAAAAUUUGCAGUGGACGACACGUCAGUGUCGGCCUACAUCUAUCACCGUUUGCUCGGUCAUGAAGUCGAAGAAGUCUUGUUUCGCUGUCAUUUGCCGAAGCAUUUUUCUGCGCCUAAUUUGCCCGAUUUGAACCGGUCGCAAGUGUAUGCAGUUAAACAUGCCCUGCAAAGACCCUUGUCUCUCAUUCAAGGCCCACCAGGAACCGGCAAAACUGUGACAUCGGCCACCAUCGUGUACCAAUUGGUGAAACAAAAUGGGGGCCCUGUUUUGGUAUGUGCCCCAAGCAACACCGCAGUGGAUCAACUGACGGAGAAGAUCCACAAAACCGACCUAAAGGUUGUAAGGUUGUGCGCCAAGUCGCGGGAAGCUAUCGAUUCUCCAGUCAGUUUCUUGGCGCUCCACAAUCAAAUCAGAAAAAUGGAAGGCAACACAGAACUGCAAAAAUUGCAACAGCUUAAAGAUGAAACCGGAGAAUUAUCCAGUAUGGAUGAGAAACGAUACAGGAUGUUGAAAAAACUGGCUGAAAAAGAAUUGCUGGAAGCGGCUGAUGUAAUUUGUUGUACAUGUGUUGGUGCUGGUGAUCCCCGUUUGAUCAGACUCAAGUUUCAUUCAAUUUUAAUUGAUGAAAGCAUGCAGGCCACUGAACCUGAGUGUAUGGUGCCAGUCGUUCUGGGAGUAAAACAGCUGAUUUUGGUUGGAGAUCAUUGUCAAUUAGGACCAGUGGUGAUGUGCAAGAAAGCCGCAAGAGCUGGCUUAUCACAGUCCCUAUUCGAACGACUGGUGGUUCUGGGUAUUAGGCCUUUUAGAUUGGAGGUUCAGUAUCGAAUGCACCCAGAAUUAUCCCGGUUUCCAUCCGAUUUCUUCUAUGAAGGAAGUUUGCAAAAUGGUGUUAGCGCUGAAGAACGGAAGCUGUUGAAAAUUGACUUUCCGUGGCCCAUUCAAGAUAGGCCGAUGUUCUUCCUUGUGACGCAAGGCCAGGAAGAGAUUGCCGGUAGUGGAACCAGUUAUCUGAACAGAACUGAAGCUUCCAAUGUAGAAAAAAUCGCUACCAGGUUUUUGCGAGCCGGCAUCAAACCCGAACAGAUCGGAGUCAUUACACCAUAUGAGGGACAACGGGCUUAUCUGGUACAGUACAUGCUCUAUCAAGGAUCACUCCAUAGCAAGCUCUAUCAGGAGAUUGAGAUUGCGAGUGUAGACGCCUUUCAGGGAAGAGAGAAAGACAUUAUAAUCAUGUCCUGUGUCCGGAGUAACGAGCAUCAAGGAAUCGGGUUCCUGAAUGAUCCCAGGCGUUUAAAUGUUGCCUUAACCAGAGCUAAAUAUGGCAUUAUCAUUGUAGGAAAUCCGAAAGUUCUUUCAAAGCAACCCUUAUGGAACCAUCUAUUGUCUUUUUACAAGGAACAAAAGGUUUUGGUGGAAGGCCCAUUGACAAAUAUGAAGGAGUCUCUGAUACAAUUCGCCAAGCCGAAAAAACUGACCAACUCGGACAAUCCCGGGAGUCACUUUAUGUCUACGUCAAUGUUCGAUGCCCGGGAAGCGAUGGUUCCCGGUUCUGUAUAUGAUAGAACGAAUUCUAAUAUGAAUGGAAACGGGCCUUUCGGUAAUUUGGGUACUGGUUUUCAACCAAACCGCCCAAUGCAGAUGGACAUGUUUGGUCGGACUCAUGACCCCAUUGGCUACAUUGCUCCCGACAGGGCUCAAACGGGUCUGACUUUGCCGGUGCCAUUGGGCAUGUUCAUGAAUAUGGCACACGUUCCGCCCAGAUUCUACAAUCAGCACCAACAGGCGAUGCAAGCCCGGGAACAACAGCAAAAUCCCAGAGGGCAAAAUAGACGACCGCCUCAAAGGCAGAAAAGUAAGAACCUAAGUCAGGACCAGACGCAGCCGUUCAGCCAAAGUCUUCAGUUUACUCAAGGCGGCAUGUCCCAACCAGGACUAUCCCAACCUGGCUUCAGCCUUUCCCAACCGGGCUUGAGUCAAGCCGAACUCAGCCAGGAUCUGUAUAUGGCCGAAUAUCAAAGCCAAAUGGACGGACUGCUGUCGCAAGACUCGACUUAUCAGGGUGAUAGGUCCGCAUUUUACCAACCGAGCGCUCAGUUUUCGCAGCCGUACUGAUACAACAGGUCCUAAGAAUACCAAGGAUACGCGGAAGCGACAUGUUGAACAGAAAAGCAAAUCAAAAAUUAGACAGUGAGAAAUCGAAUCGUAAAUUGACAGCAAAACAUCAGAAAUAUUACGAGAAAUCAAUGCGUAAAAGGAUGAAACAUCUAAACAAAAAAACAACUAAUCAAGGAGAAGAAAGGAAACAAUUCAGUAGACAAAUAUCGACGACGAAGUGAAAUGAAAAAAUUGUUUUCUUAAAAUCCGUAAAAGUGGCAAUACGAAAUAGUUUACGCAAAACUAAAAGGUGUAUUGAUUUACUUUAAGUCAAUUCACUCGAACCAUACAUUGAAACGGGUUUAUAAACGUUUUUGUGUACGGCGUUUAGGCGUUUAGUUAAUAUGCUUUUUCCUUCUUACUUAGUUAUUAUUAAUUCGGUUUGAGUAAGGGACAUUUAUUUUGUAUCCUAUUCAUCGGGAAAAUGGAUUCCAAUGAUCAAUUGGAGGAAUACGAAAUGAGUGUAACUGUAAAUAUUUAAGUGAGACAGCUGGUAUUGGAUAAAUUUAUUGUGGAAUCAAUCAUUUGAUCAUUAUAGGUCAGAAUUAAUUGAGAGUGAAUAUUUAGUUUUCGUGCCGAAUGGCCUUUGUGCCAGUUACUUGUUUCUUUUUAUCUACAUCCCUUUCAUGGCAAAUUGCGUUUCAGCAUUACCAGAUUUGUCUCUAGGUUCAGGCUUAUAUAGUUUAAAAUUACUGCUUUUCAUUUAUCGUCUAACGCUAGAAAGUAACUAAAGCCACUUGUAGGUCAGAGCUCUAGAACAAGUACAUUUUCAAUAAUUUGAUAUAAAUAAUACUGGAAAAUUAUUUCUUAAAUUAUCAACUGCAUGUAAUUGAUGACAAAAAGUGUUUAAUUUUUAGAUACUCUGCUGGCUUUUUUGUAAUGUUGCGCUGUUUUUUGGGUAUUCCAGUUUUAUUUAGCUCUACCCAAGUGGUUUGCUCAUAAGCAAACUAUUCAUGAGACUAAUAAAUGCAAGCAAAAUAAACAGUC